ACUAUGCUGUACCUCCUGCUUUGUGCUGCCAUCCUCCUACCUGAGAGUCUGGCUUUUCCAGCACAACUUCAGCCAGAAUCACAGAGUAACACAGACUUCGAGAAUGUAAAGGCUUAUCUUGAUAAAUUCUUUCCACUUCUUACAAAAACACAAAGCCUAAACUUAGAAGAGAGGAUUAAAGAAAUGCAGAGGUUUUUCCACCUGACUGUUACUGGAAAAUUAAAUAAAGAAACAGAAGAAAUAAUGAAACAGCCCAGAUGUGGAGUCCCUGAUGUAGCAGAUUACAAAACAUUUCCUGGAAAUCCAAGAUGGAGAAAGACAUAUUUGACUUACAAGAUUGUCAAUUAUACACCUGAUCUACCCAGAAAGAAAGUGGACGAUGCAAUUAGAAGGGCUUUUAUGGUAUGGAGUGAUGUGACUCCUCUGAAGUUCCAAAGAGUAUUCAGGGGACAUGCAGACAUUGUGAUUGCAUUUGCAAUUCGUGAGCAUGGUGACGGAUAUCCUUUUGAUGGAAGAGGUAACACACUAGCUCAUGCGUUUGCACCUGGAGAAGGGAUUGGUGGAGAUGCUCAUUUUGAUGAUGAUGAAAGGUGGUCAGAGUACAAUCGAGAAAUUAAUUUGUUCCUUGUUGCUGCUCAUGAGUUUGGCCAUUCCUUGGGACUUGCUCAUUCAAAUGUCCGUGAAGCACUGAUGUACCCUCUCUACUCAUAUGUGAACCCAGCAACCUUCAGACUUUCUGAGGAUGACAGGAGAGGAAUUCAGAAGUUAUACGGUAAAUUCACAAUGAGAUUCGAUUUUCAAGAUAAAACCUACUGGG